AGUCGCAGCCAAUCCGAGGCGCCUGGGGCGGUCGGCGCGGUCCGUGGUGGCGCUGAGGAGAGCGUUUGCCGCCAUGAUAGAACAGCAGAAGCGCAAGGCCCCGGAGUUGCCACUGGUUCCAGUCAAGCGGCAGCGACAUGAGUUGCUCCUGGCAGCGGCGGGGUCAGGCCCCGGAGCAGGGCAGCAGCAGGCGACCCCGGGAGCUUUACUUCAAGCGGGACCUCCAAGGUGUUCCUCCCUUCAAGCCCCAAUCAUGCUACUCUCAGGACAUGAAGGAGAAGUGUACUGCUGCAAGUUUCACCCCAAUGGCUCCACCUUGGCAUCUGCAGGAUUUGACCGAUUGAUACUGCUGUGGAAUGUCUAUGGUGACUGUGAUAAUUAUGCCACACUGAAAGGACAUAGUGGAGCAGUGAUGGAGCUCCAUUAUAACACAGAUGGCAGUAUGCUCUUCUCCGCAUCCACAGAUAAAACUGUGGCAGUAUGGGAUAGUGAAACAGGCGAAAGGGUUAAAAGGCUGAAGGGACAUACUUCCUUUGUAAAUUCCUGUUACCCAGCCAGGAGGGGACCCCAGCUUGUCUGCACUGGCAGCGAUGAUGGUACAGUUAAGCUUUGGGACAUCCGGAAGAAAGCAGCUAUCCAGACGUUUCAAAACACAUACCAGGUAUUAGCUGUGACCUUUAAUGACACAAGUGAUCAGAUUAUCUCUGGUGGAAUAGACAAUGAUAUAAAGUGCGUGUCUGGGAUGUCCGUCCAUUUGCCCCUAAAGAGAGGUGUGUAAAGAUAUUUCAAGGAAAUGUGCAUAACUUUGAAAAGAAUCUCCUGAGAUGUUCUUGGUCACCUGAUGGGAGCAAAAUAGCAGCUGGCUCAGCGGACAGGUUUGUGUAUGUGUGGGACACCACAAGCAGGAGAAUACUGUAUAAGCUGCCUGGCCAUGCUGGCUCCAUCAAUGAAGUAGCUUUCCAUCCUGAUGAGCCCAUCAUUCUCUCAGCAUCUAGUGACAAGAGACUGUAUAUGGGGGAGAUUCAGUGAAGAUACAGGAUGGAAGACUCUGAGGCUGCUUGACCUUGAGGCCUCAGGCCGCAUAAUUGGCUUCCAACGGUGCCCAGGUUCUCCUCCCUUCUUAUGACCGCUACUAGCAAGAAACAAGAGCUGGUGGGCACAUUCCAUCAACCACUUGAACCCCAGUCAACCAGGAUGAUUGAGGCUCCCGGUGGCCUCUGAUACUACCUGCCAGACUUCAGGGACCUGUUUCUCCUUUGUUUUGUUUUUAAUAAGAUUUCUUCAAACGUCUGCUGCCUGCCUCACAAGCGCAAGGUCCUGAAUUUGAUCCCCACUACCAAAAAAAAAGAUUUCAAAUGGACAAGACAUUGAUUGUUGCACAGUUUCCUGUUUUCUAAUCCUGGCUGAAGACAGGAAAUAUCAACUGAAGUUUCUUGGUUUGUUUUGUUUUUAAUUUAGUAACUGGCUUGUAUGAUUUCAUUCUAUGUUUUUGAGUCAUUUUGUAUUAAAAACCAAAUAGAUGCCUUUUUACAAGAGA